CCUCCGAUUACGAUGUCUGACUUGAGCACUUCUUCUCGCUCUCUUGCCGAUUUUGUUGCCGUUUGUGACAAAGAACUAAGUAUCAAUGAGUUUUAUCCUGUUUAUGAUAAAGUCAGACCACUCUCAGCUCAUUGGGAACAGAUUGCUAUUUCAUUGCGUCUCAGAAUAGAUACUAUCAACAGCAUAGAAGCUAACUUUAGUGGGAAGGAUCUUUCAUGUCUACGUAAAGUUCUAGAGUAUUGGUUAAAGAAAGAUUAUGAUUACAAGACUAAUGGUAUUCCUUGUUGGAGGAGAGUGUGUGUAGCUGUUAAAGAAGGAGGUGAUCCAGCAUUAGCUGAUGAAAUAGCUCGUGAACAUCCUCUACCAGCUAUGUCUCCUGAUGGAUUAACUAGUUCAAAAGAAAAAAGUGUAACUCCAGAAACAAAUGACUCUGAGAUAACUAUGUAACCAGCAAGCUCUGAGAGAGUAACAGGUAGUGACAGAUAUGGCUCUUCUGAAAAAAAUUUCCACUUAGCUAGCAAACUGCAUGACCUGCAAGAUGAUUUUGAUGAGGCAAUUCGAAUAACAAAGAAGUCCUUCAAAUCAACCAAUUUACCUAAAAUCAUUGACUACCUCAGUACACAUGUAAAUUCAUUACUUGGUCGUCAAAAGAGAGAGCAAACAACUGCAGAAGCUGUUAGAGAAGAAUUUCAACAUAUAACAACCAUGCAAAAAUUAUUUUCUGUACUACAAGACAAAUAUAUAUCUUGGUUUAACUAUAAACUAAUAAUAAAACUUGUCAGAAUAUUUCUACCCAAAAAUCGUUCAUUAAAAAGAACAUGGUCAGAAUAUGAAGAGAAGUUAAAGGAUUAUUUUAUAAACAGUGGUGGACUAUUGAAAGAUGCUGAUGCUGUACAGUUUGGUGUAAAAGGUGUUCCUCCUGGUACACGAGUAAUGAUUGCUAAAGUUGACAGAGAUGACUACACACUGGAUGACAUAUUCUUCUUUCGUAGAGCAAUACCAAAAAGUUUGGAUGUUCCUGAAUAUGAUCUUUACUUCAGUUUUGUCCGCAUUGGUUCCCUCUGUUUGGGUUACCUAAUUCCUGAGUAUCUUUAUUUUUUAUUGUUUCCUCUAACUGCAAAUCAGCAGGGACAGUUAGCUAGUAUUGGUAUCACUGAACUGAUAUGUGGUAAAUAUAUUUAUGAUUUAAAAGAGGUAUCAUCAUUGCACAAGUCUCAGUAUUCAUCUUCUAUUGUGGAUAUAUAUGAUCCAUUAUGGUAUGAGAAUACCAGUACACCAUUACAUGAAGCAGCUUGGAGAGGAUUAAAAGAUGAAGUACAAUGGCUUCUCAAUAAGUUUGGUUACAGCACAUAUUAUCGUGGUCUUCAUGGUUGGACUCCACUACACUCUGCAUCAUAUGGUGGGCACAUUGAGAUCCUUCAACUACUCAUCCAUCAAUAUGGUAUUGAUCCUAAUGAAGGUGAUGAUAAUAGUGUAUCUAGUAUACAUAUGGCAUCUUAUAAAGGCCACUUAUCUAUAGUACAAUAUCUAGUAGACACGUGUCACGUUCCUCCUGAUCAACCAGACAGUGGCAAUAACUCUGCAUUACUGUACUCAGCAACGGGGGGCCAUUCUGACCUAGUGGAAUUCUUUAUUAAGAGGAAUUGCAAUCAUCUCUCACAGGAUACUAGUAAUGGUGCAUCUCUUUCAUUAUUAGCUUGUAAAAGCGGACAGCUAGUUUUAGUUCGUAAACUUGAAACUUUAAACCUGUUUUCACCUAUUUCAAUAGACUUUAGGGGAUCAACUAUCUUACAUUAUUCAUGCAUGUCAGAUAGUGUUGAUCUUUUAAAGUAUCUUUUAAAUCAAUAUCAAUUAUCCAUUGAUAUAAAGGAUCGAUAUGGUAGGACUCCACUUCAUUAUGCUUUAUGGUUUGCUUCAUCAUCAGUUGUUGAGUAUAUUCUUAGUAUUCAAGGUAAUGAAGCAUUAUUAGAUAAUGAUAUUGAUGGCUAUUCAUGUCUACAAUCUGCAAGCGAUGCCUAUAUGAAUAUUGAAGCUAUUGGUAUUGCAUGCAGUAAGCUUUUUGUACAACGUGAUGCAGCAACUAUUACAGCUAUUCAUAAUACUAGAGUAAAAUGUAAUAUUGACUGCCACAUAUUCAAGCAAAGAGCUAAAUUUCUUUUAUUAACUCUGAAGAAAGCUGAAACUUGUGCUAACUUUGACAUAAAUGCUACUGAUGGUGACUUGUCAACGUCAUUACAUUCAGCAUCAAGUAGUGGUAAUGUGUUAUUAGUGAAAGUAUUAGAACAAUAUGGCAUCAAUUCUUCAUUGGAUAGAGAAGGAGCAUCUCCAGUACAUUAUGCUGCCAGGUCAGGUUCUACUAGUUUAUUAAGUUAUAUCAUAUCUCAGUAUAAUCUCAAUGCUAAUGAUACUGAUACUAAUGGUUGUACACCAUUAGCCUACUCCUGCUGGUCAGGUAGUAUUAAUUCUGUUAAAUAUCUUAUUAAUAAUCAUAACAGUGAUCCUAAUAUCACUGAUAAGUAUGGCAUGGCAUGUCUUCAUCAUUCUUGUCAUCAUGGUCAUAUUGAUAUCACUCAAUAUCUCAUUGAGGUACAGCAUUGUGAUAUUAAUAAAACAGAUAAUGAAGGAUGCACGUUAGUACAUCAUGCUGCACAGAGUGGUAACUUUGAAUUAGUUCUGUAUCUUAUUACUGAACAAGGUUUUUCUCCUACUGCAGUUACUAAGAAUGGCCUCACUGCUUUACACUAUGCCUCACUGUCUCUUAACUUAUGUCUUGUUAAAGAAUUAAUAGCUACCUAUCAGUUAGAUCCUCAUCAAGCUGACAGUAAUGGUAAGCUACCAAUUCACUAUGCUGCUGAAUCUGGAGAUAUUUUACUACUGGAAUUAUACGUGAAGGGUUACAAGUGUAAUUUGAGCAUAACAGAUAACAAUGGUUGGAGUAUUAUUCAUUUUUCAGCAUUCAAUGGGCAUACUCAUUUUAUCAAGCACAUCAUCAAUCAGUAUCCUCAACUCAUCACUUUCCUACAAACAACAGAUAGUAUGAGUACACUAAUAUUACAUUUAGCCUGUCAGAGUGGUAAUGUCCAAUUAGUGACUUAUCUAGCAGAUGACAUGAAAUGUGAUGUGACUGCUAUUGAUACAAAUGGUAGUAGUUGUGUCAUGUUUGCCUGUUUUUCAGGCAAUCUUAAUCUGAUAGCAUUACUGAUACAUAAAUAUAAGCUUGAGCCUAUCAAUAUUAAUGACACUGGUUUUUCAGUAUUACAUGCAGCAGCACAGACUGGUCAUACUCAUAUACUGGAAUGGUACAGUCAGAAGUAUAGUAUGGAUAUUACUAAUCACACCAACAAUAACAAGUACACACUAGCUCAUUUAUCUGCUUACGAAGGUAAGCUACAUUGUCUACAGGAACUGAUCAACAAGUAUCAGUGUGAUGUUAAUGCCACUACUACUGAUACUGGUAGUACAGUUCUUCAUAGAGCAUGUGAAGGAGGUCAUGUUCCUGUUGUACUUUGCCUUACUAGUCUUCCUCAGUGUAAUGUAACAGCUAAGACUUCUGAUGGAUCCACAGUUCUUCACAUUACCUGUGGGUACAGUGGGUCCCUUCCUAUACUAAAACACCUGAUAGAAAAUCUUCAUUUAGAUUUGCUUGCAGUGAAUAAUAUUGAUAUGGCUCCUAUUCACACAGCAUGCAGCUUUGGAAAAUUAAACUUGGUCCAGUUUAUUUUAGAGCACACACCAGCGUUACUUGAACUACCUGUCAGAGGACGUGGCCAUACUCCAUUUCUUGUCUCUGUGUUCUUCAAUCAGACAGAAGUUAUUGAAUAUCUUAUUAGUAAGAAGUGUAAUCUAACAGCUACUGAUAAUCAAGGUUCAGGAGCACUUCACAUAGCAACGGAGUGGGGUCACUUGAAUGUCUUGAAGUAUCUCAUUGAUAAUAGCUACUGUAAUCCUAAUGUAACUGAUCAUCGAGACUGUUCACCACUUCAUAUAGCUAUACUAGCUAAUCAACUUGAUGCAUUAGAAUAUUUACUGAGCAAAAGUAUACCCUCAAUGAGUGUUGUCUGGCUACAUGAGAUAAAGUGUUUAUUAGACAGUCCUCAUGACAUAUACAACAAUCCACAUAAUGCUGUACUUAUUAAUGUACAAGAUAAAGAUGGUAAUACACCAUUGCAUCUUGCUUGUAGGAAAGGACAACAGAAGAUGGUGUCACUAUUAAUAAAGGCCAAUCUAUUUCACAAUCUUUUAAUCACAAACAAGAAAGGACAGACACCAUUGCACUUAGCAGCUGCCUAUACUGCUGAAACUUUUUUCUCAGUCACUGGUAGUUCUACUCAUCAUGAUCUCCUUACAGCUACUGAUAAUGAAGGAUCCACUGUAUUUCAUACAGCUUGCAGUAAUGGCCAUAUUGAUGUGUUUCGUUAUUUAUCCAGUAUUUAUCCUCAAGGUGUUAAUAUAAUGGAUAAUAGAAGACGUGGUUUACUUCAUGCAGCAUGUGAGGGAGGAGAUAUUGGAAUAGUAAGAACACUAAUUGAGACACAUGGACUGGAUCCUUUAGCAGAAGAUGAAGAUGGCAUCACCUGCUUACACUUACUAGCAGAGAGAAAGAGAGUUUAUAUAUACCAGUAUUUGGAACCAAACAUUGUCUCUAAUCCAGUACCUAAGGACAAGUCUGGUCGUACUCCUCUUCAUUAUGCUUCUCGUUCUGAUAAUAUUCGUAUGGUACGUUAUCUCAUAGAGACCUUCCCCUGUACUCCUGAUGAUCCUGAUAAUAAUGGAUACACUUCAGUUCAUGGAGCAUGUGAAGCUGGUAGUAUGGAGUUAGUACAAUACUUUCUAACUGAUCUCAAAUGUAAUGCACUAGCUGAAACUGAUCAACAAAAAACUCUACUUUAUUUUGCCAGUAUAAGUUGUAAUUUAGAGCUUUGUUGGUUUUUAGUUAAUGCAUUCAGUUUAAAACCUCGCCCACAUGAUAUUGAAAUAGCUCAAUCAGUUAUUCCUGAUUCAUCAGUUGUUAAAUAUCUUCAAAAGAUUAAUGAGGAUAUGAUAUUUGGUAUGAUGGAGGAACAAAAAAAAUUAAGGGAAACUUACCAUGAGAAACUUGAACAACAACAACAACAACAGACUGGCACACAAAAGAAAGAUAUCAUAUCUUAAACACUCGAUAUGUAUCACCAUUACUGCUGUGACCGAAACGCAUGAAAGGCAACCACGGCAAAACUCUCAGAAGUAUAUUUCAGAAUUUGGAUGACACUGAAUAGAGCUUUUACAGAACUGAUAACAGAUUAAAAGCAUGCACUUAUAUAAACAGUUACUGACUACAUAACAGAACAUAAACAAAAUUAACACGUAGUUACAUCAUCAUUGCAUAAUCAUAAAUCAUAAUAAUAACGAAGAACUGAAAAACCUAGCAGUAAAGAAGUAAUAAUAAUAGAAAUAAUAGUCACAAAAUAAUAAUAAUAACUAUAAUAAUAAGGUACUAGAGGUACUAGGAGCAGAUUGAGACCAAUGUUAAUUGAAGAUGAUGCUCCUAUUAACCCUUCUAUCCUUAAUUUUUAACUUAUUUCAUAUAAAUUUAAUAUUUAAAUUUUAACUUAUUAUAAAUUAUUUUGUGACUGCUACUGCUGUUCUUCCAUUUGUUCAAUAAUAAUGAUGGUAUAACUAUAAUAAUUAUUAUUAUACUAAUACAAUGAAAGUAAUAAUUCUAACAAUAUAACAAUUACAUAUAUUGCACCACUUUGCCACCCUCACCACUGUGGUACUGGUACCAUCAUCACCAUUACAAUGGUUACCAAUAUCAUUAUACCAAUCCUACAUAUAUAUCUUAUCACCAUGAAUAUUACUAUCUUGCCAUCAUAUCAACCUAUUAUCAUCACCUAUUCUACCACCUUGCCACCAUCUAACUACCUUACACCACUUUAGUACCAUCAUCACCAUUACACCAUAUACCCACAAUGGUUACCAAUAUCACCAAUCCUAUA